AUGAGCAGGGCGGCGUACCAGACGGGAAUGAGGGCGAUACAGGGGAUCAAAGACCAGCUUCAGGCAUCCAAGAAGAAGUGCGACGUCUCGAGCACGACGUCCCGCAAGGAAGGUUCUCUGGCGAGGAAAUAUUCCGGUGCGGCAGGGACGACGGGGUCGUCGAAGGCUGACAGGGCAGCCGACAAGCGGAAGCACGAGGAGGAGUCGCUCCGUGCUCCGGCGACCGGGAAAUCCAAUUCAAUGGCAAUCGCCGAGGAGAAAACGGACGGCAAAGUGUGGGGACUCUUCAAGCUCCCCUUCCGGAACUCCCAGUCGGCGGCGUCCGCCUCCUCGAAUUUCUCUCACUACCAGCAGAAUUACGGCCAUGGGAACAGCAACGCUCAUCCUCAGGUAGAGGGAUCGGGUGCUCAGGGCGGAGCUGGAAGCUCGGUUUCCUCGGUGGCCAGAUCUCUGCUCCCCACGCGCCGUCGUCUGAAGCUCGAUCCUUCGAAUAAGCUAUAUUUCCCUUAUGAGCCUGGUAAGCAAGUCAGAAGUGCUAUUAAAAUAAAAAAUACGAGCAAAUCCCAUGUGGCUUUCAAGUUCCAAACAACUGCUCCUAAAAGCUGCUUUAUGCGUCCUCCCGGCGCUAUUCUUGCUCCUGGCGAGAGUAUAAUUGCAACUGUAUUCAAGUUUGUAGAGCCCCCAGAGAACAAUGAGAAGCCGAUGGACCAAAAAAGCCGUGAUAAGUUCAAAAUUAUGAGCUUGAAAGUAACUGGGCCAAUGGACUACAUACCUGAAAUGUUCGAUGACCAUAAGGAUCAAGUGGCUGUGGAGCAAAUACUUCGUGUAGUCUUUCUGGAUGUUGAGCAUCCAUGUCCUGCUCUGGAGAAACUAAAUCGACAGCUGGCGGAGGCUGAGGCUGAACUCGAGUCCCGCAAGAAGCCUCCGGAGGACACGGGCCCAAAGUUCAUCGGAGAAGGGCUCGUGAUUGAUGAAUGGAAAGAAAGACGAGAAAGAUACCUAGCUCGACAACAAGGGGAAAUGGUGGAUUCUGUAUGA